AUGUCUAGAAUAUUCCAUAUGUUGGGAUCUGGGAUCAUGGUCUCCUCGAAGCCUGGAUGCACCCCCAACCAGAGGUCUCACAUUUUUAACUUUUUGGAAAUCUCAGGUGAAUUCAAAGAUAAAUCAAGUCCAUCUGCAAUAAAGACUCAACAGUAG